ACCUAUAGAGACCCAACAAGUAAUUUUGUUGCCUAUCUGGCUAUAAUAAAGUAAUAAUCUGCAUGAAGAACAAGAAAUGACGCAUGUAUAUCAGAGCUAACUGACAAAUCAGCGUGCAGGAUCUCUUCAGGAAACGCUUCCCCGGUAUUCUACCUGCGGCAAAGAAGACACAAGGAGCCACAGAGCCUCAACACUGACACAGUCUCAUUGAAAAGGCUGGAGAAGUAUAAAUAUAUUUAUUGUAAGGACUGUCCCGACGAGCAGCGAUGGUUUGCGGCGGAUUCAUUUGCACCAAGAACGCUCUCUGCGCUCUCAAUAUACUUUAUGUUCUGGUGAGUCUGCUGCUGAUUGCAGUGGCAGCCUGGGGGAAAUGGUUUGGCAUGGUCUCCAGCAUCAGGGUGGUGGCGGUAGUCAUCGGCGUGGGCAUCUUCCUGUUCCUGGUUGCCUUUGUGGGGCUGUGUGGCGCCCUGAAGCACCACCAAGUCCUGCUCUUCUUUUACAUGAUGAUCCUGUUCAUGGUGUUUGUCGUGCAGUUUUCGGUAUCCUGUGCUUGUCUGGCCCUGAACAAAGAACAACAGAACCGUUUGCUCGAGGUUGGAUGGAACAAAUCUGAGGCAACUCAAAGGGAUGUUGAGAAAACACUCAACUGUUGUGGCUUCUCUAACAAUAACUACAAUGGCUCGUGUGCUGCUAUGUGUUUUCAAAACUCUUCCCAGUCUUGUGACAAAUGCUCAAACAUCAUCCAGCAGUAUGCGGGAGAGGUGCUUCAGUCUGUGGGUGGUAUCGGCCUCUUAUUCAGUUUUACAGAGAUCCUUGGAGUUUGGCUCGCCCACAGAUACAGAAAUAUCAAAGAUCCUCGAUCAAAUCCUGGAGCCUUUCUAUAACCACUCCCAAUUUAAUAAACCUGAAUAAUUGCACUGCUA